AUGAACAGCUCGUUAUUGAAUUUUGAAUAUCUGUCCGAUUUAUUCGCUUUCUCGUCCGAGUUUUGGGUGGCACUCAUGACUUUUUUGUCAUAUUUUACUCUUCCAUUUUAUGUAUAUGUGCACAAAAUCAAUAGGCAAAGAGAAACGAGUUUUCCGCUAAUAAUGAAGCACUUCUACAAAAUGAUAAAAGUCGCUUACUUUUCCUUCUUUAUGCUUAUCGGAAUAGUACUUUUUAUUGGUUUUUUAAUUGUAGUUGAUGAUUCUAUUAUGAGAAGCCUUGUCGGACUAUUAGUCAUCCUCAUUUUUAGUAUCGCUUCAAUUAUACAACUUCUGAGAUUUUUUGUGACACUCCAGGUGUUUCAUGUGUUAAUAUUCAUGCUUGCCAUUCAAAAUUUCUUGCGAUUUUUCUUUCCAUUGAAGUGUUCAUCUUCGUUGAACUCUAUUCAUAAAUAUGUAAAACCAAUUUAUAUAUGCUUCGUUUUAAAGGAUAUCGCGGGUUACUUAAUUUGGGUAGCAGUUGAUCGUUUCUUGGUCCCCUACAAUAUUUGGCACACCGGAAGAGUUUUUUACUUGGUAGAAUUUUUAAUUAUGAAUGUGCUCAUUUCAUUAUUGUCUCCAAUAAUCUACAUUCCAAUAAUGAUGAAAACACGGGAAAACCGCAUGUAUUCGCAACAGCAUGCACAUCUUCACAACUACGUCUUUUGGCAAAGUAUUCUGGUAGUCUCAUCAAAAAUGAUCGCACUGCCAUAUAUAAUUAGAAACACCAAAAUCCAGCACAUUAUAUCGGGAAUUUCAAUUAACGACGGUUUUACAACACCAUUGAUAAUUCAGUUGUCUUAUUUGUGGUGCAAUCGACAUAUUUUAUUCAAAAAUUUCAAGUUGAAGACGUUUGUAAAAGUUUUAUGUGGCAAGACCGAUGCUACUGUGCACGCUAUUUCAGCUCCAAUUGUGUAUUCUAUAACGUAAAUUGCCUUUUUUUACUUGUUGCCACCUCUUGGGAAAGAGGUGAAGCUAAUAAACUAAUGUAGCAUUCC